GUUCACCAUGUUCCUCAGCUCCAUGUCGAAAUGGAGGGAAAUGUAAAGAGAAAGGACGUUCUUUCAAGUGUACUUGUCUUCUUGGAUUUAAAGGGAAAAUAUGCCAGAGAAAGGGUAAUCAACUUAAUAUAUUGUAAUUUUAAUUGUGUAUAUAAUUUCUCAAGGAAAAGAUUCUUAUACUCAGGUAGCUCUUCUGAGUCCUGAAAUUCAUGACUGAAAUUAUCAGUAAUGAAAGAAGAGGUAUACUAUAUGCACCUGUAUAGGGUGAAUUGUUGUUGGAUUGUUAUGCAUUUUCGAUUAUUGGAAAUGUUUUAGAUAAUGCAUAAAUAUCAGUUUUAUUUGUUAUUCAUGCAUAUUUACCUUUAAUAACAUAUGCCUGAGCCAUAUACAUGCAUGAGCUUAUACCACAGCAUCGAAUAAAAUUAGUAAGCAUGCAAUAUAUGUUAUUUAUUAUAUGGCAAGCAUUUGUUUUGAUGAAUCGAGCAAUUUGAUUGGCUGCUGUCUAUAGGCAGGAUUGUCCCGUAUUGGGCAAUACGCAACUUUUAAUUUUUUAUUGCCCUGGGACCAGACUCCAGAGCCAAGUUUCAAACGGAAAAAAGUGUCUAAAAGUGUUUCAAACUAUUCAAAACGAAGAAAGAUAAACCUAAAAUAAAGCAACGGAGCAACUGCUGUGGUUAAAGAACUUUUUCAAUACGUUUUUGUUAGCGAAAGUCGAAAUUACAAAGUAAAUUUUACAAUAUUUAUAACUAUUAAAGCAGCCAGGAAUAGUUGUGUUUUGACUAUGUGAAGAGCUGCAAAUUUUAUUUGUAGAUAGCCAAGAGGAAUUUGACACUAUCCUAAAUAAAAAAUACAACUAAAGCAGCCACAGACUUAUAAUUUUUCCCUGAAAAUUUCUGUUUUUGUUAGAUAAAAAGAGACAUAAAUAUGAGAUGAUCUUGAAGCGAACUAAAAACGUACUUGUCCAUACUGUUCAUUAAUUUUAUUGUUUUCAUAUUUGUUGUCUUUGAUUAAAUGACGAAAUACUUCGUAUAUUUCUUGAAAUACUAUUAUAUCCAAACUGUGUUGGUAUUCUAUAUAAAAAGUGGUGUAGAGUAGUUUUACUAACCAAAAGAACAUUUUACUAUUUUUUUUUGCUUCUUUGCAAAAGUUUGGGACUUUGACUAAUUGACUUUGUACUUUGCCCUCGCGUAACAUUUUUUCCCAUUUUGUACAAACGUACAAUGCAUGGUCAAUGCCAUAUAAUAAAAAAUUUACUGAGCACAACCCUUCGGGUAGUACGGGAAAAUAUCCAAUCUCGGUCUUGCUGUAUUGAACUCGCUAUCGCUCGGUCAAUACAGCAAGACCUCGGUUGGAUAUUUUCCCGUACUGCCCUCACUCUCAGUCAGUAAGUUAUUAAUAUUUGCAUGAUGAUAAAAAACUAUUUAAAGAUUAAGAAAAUUUAGAUUUUUUCAAGAUCAGCCCCAAUAUGCAAGACAAUGGUAUAGUUCUAUGCAUGCAUGCAUGCAUGGGAAAGUAUCUUUCCAAUUAAAAUUCGAAAAAUAUUUAAUCUGCAUUCCCCGGUUGUCGCAUGAUGCUGUACAUAGAGGAUAUUACAGGGCGGCGCGAGAUGACUUUUAUCUUCGAGUGAUGAAAACGAGAAGAUAAAAGUCAUAUCUUCAAGCCACCGUGUAAUGUUCUGUUUGUUAUAUAGUCCCAAGCAAAAAAUGUGAAAUUUCACACUCAAAAGCAAAUUGGCGUCAUUUCACGCUCAAAGGCAACUAGUGAAGACAUGGAAAAUAUCUCACUGUGUAUUUUUUCAGUAUCUCACGCUCUACUAUAUAAUAAUACUGUAUAUGUAUGUAUGAAGGUUUUAACCUUUAACCAUCAAACAUUCACGGUCGGGAACAGUAAUUAAUUAUUGAGGCAGGAACAGUAAUUAAGUAGGGGAGCGCUCUCUACAGCAAUAGUAUACAAACAAGUCACCUGUCAUUAUUGGCGUCAUUUCACGCUCAAAGGCAACUAGUGAAGACAUGGGAAAUAUCUCACUGUGUAUUUUUUCAGUAUCUCAUGCUCUACUAUAUAAUAAUACUGUAUAUGUAUGCAUGAAGGUUUUAACCUUCAACCAUCAAACAUUCACGUUCGGGAACAGUAAUUAAUUAUUGAGGCAGGAACAGUAAUUAAAUAGGGGAGCGCUCUCUACAGCAAUAGUAUAUACAAACAUGUCACCUGUCAUUCUAUAGGUUCACCAUGUUCCUCAGCUCCAUGUCGAAAUGGAGGGAAAUGUACAGAGAAAGGACAUUCUUUCAAAUGUACUUGUCUUCCUGGAUUUAAAGGGAAAAGAUGCCAGAGAAAGGGUACGUAAUCAAAUUAAUUUAAUACAUUGUCAUUUUAAUUGUGUAUAUAUACGUAUAUAUUUUCUCAAGGAAAAGAUUCUUGUACUCAGGUAACUCUUCUGUGUCCUGAAAUUCAUGACUGAAAUCAUCAGUAAUCAAAGAAGAGGUUCCUGUAGGGUAAAUUGUUGUUGGAUUAUUAUACAUUUCCGUUCUCGCGGAAAUGUUUUAUUUAUAGAUAAUGCAAAAAUACUAGUCAUUUGGUUGAGAUUGUCACAACCUUUCGUCAAUUAUCAAGUUAAAAUUGUGGCUAUAACCAGGGACGCCGGAACUGGGGGGGCGGCUGCCCCCCUUGCCUUUUGCUAGGGGGGCAGGGGGGGCAGAAGUGCCCUUUUAGUUGUAAAAUAAUACGUGAUAAAUCACAUUUCCAAUGAUGCUUUUUGUAGGAAAAUCACGAGAUUCAGGCAAUUUAUAGUUUAUAUUUAUAAAAAUUUUGGGAAAUUUUUGGAAUUUAGAAAAAUAUUUUGCAGAAAUGGCGAAAAUUUAAGAUAUCCGGAAAAAUUUUUGGCGUCACGGAAAAUUUUUGUAUGUCCGGAAAAAAUUUUUGACUCCUAAAACUGACCGAAACUUUUUUGGCGACGGGGGGGGGUCGCCAAAAAAUUUUGCAGUGAAAAAAAAUUUUUCAGUAAAGGUGCCCUUGGUGUGCGUCCGCCCCCCUUUGCCCUAUUAUCGUUUCGGCGUCCCUGGCUAUAACUGUUCAUUUUCACCUUUGGUAUGUGUGAGCCUGAUAUACCCCAUCGAAUAAAAUUAGUAAGCGUUGUAUGUGUUAUAUAUUUGGAGAGAUGCGAUGUAAAUUUAGAAGACAGUUGAGUAAUAGAAUAUUGUUACUAAUUCCAAAGCGUAGUCGACGAUUGGGCGACAGAAUUUUGUCAAUUUCACGCGGCGAUUGUCAAGUGAGUAUCGAAUACUUUUACAUUGAAAAUGUGAAUUUAAGUUCUUAAUUUUCUAUUUUUGAUGAAGUAGGCCUUUGAUUACAUUUUCUGUGGUGUUUAAACAAAAAUUACAAAGAUUUUGAAAAACCUAUAAUUUUCCCGCCAAAAUAAACGUUUUAUGUUAGCGCGCCGUGUUUCGUAACGUAGGGAACAGAAUAAGACGACGCCAAGCCUUUCUAAAGGCCGUUUUCCACUAGAGGAAUUUUUUCGCGCGACGCGAAGCGAAAACCGAAAUCCGGCAACGUGAUUGGUCGGCGAAAAAAUUCGCGGCGAAAAAGUAGGAUCGCUUCCUACUUUUUAUCUGUUUGCGCGAAUAAAUUCGCCUAGUGGAAAACGGGCUUAACACGUCUCUCUAUAGCCGCGCCGUGAAUCGUAAACUUUCUAAUAUCUGCGUCAUUAACAAUGUCAACAAUAAUAACAUGAGUCUAAAUUAAUUUUUCUAAUCUUAUUUCCUUUGUUGAUAAUAUGCCUGCAUGUCUUCAAUGUUGAUCCUAUGUGAGCAAGUCCAUGCAUGUUGACCUUUUCAUAAUUCUUAUGAUUCAGUUUUUCCCCACGAAAUCAAGGGACAACUACCUCAACUACCAACGAUAGAUAUUUCAUCAUGACAAAGACACAAACUGAGCGCCAUAAAAGCGUUAGUGUAUCGUGCAAACACCUAUACAACCACAGAGAAAAAGAACGACGGAACUGAAACACGCUACGAACAUACGAAUUGGAAAAUAAAUUAGAAUCGCUAUUAUUCCAGCAUGAAGGUGUAUCUAGUGAUGAAGCAACCGACACAGAUAUACUUGUAGCUAAUUUCUCAGAAAUUUUGUCUGAUACCUCACAAAAAGUUCUAAACAUUAAGAGGCAAAAGAAAAAGAUCAAAAAAGGUAAUACCAAAAUGAGACAGGAAUGGUAUGACGGAAAUUGUCACAAUCUGAAAACGAACUUGAGAAAUUUAGGUAGUCUACUCUCGAAAUUUCCCAACGACAUUUACUUACGUCAUGUCUUUUUUGCAAAAAAAAGAAGGAAUAUAAACGUACAGGGCUCUAAACGUACAGUUAAAAAACAAAAAAGACAAUUUCAUAAUUCUAUACUAAAUAAAAUUGAAUUAUUAUCUGAAAACAAUCCUAAACAUUUCUGGAAACUCGUUAACUCCAUAAAAGCUCAAAAACCUAGAACUUCACACGAAAUUCUACCAUCUGAAUGGUUUGAUUAUUUCAAAAACUUGAACAAAAUAAAUAUCAAUACUGAAGUAGCAAGCAGUGAAGCACAAAUCAUAAAAGAUUUUAAUAUAUGGGCAUUAUAGGUACAAACGAUAGUCUUGACAGACCAGUAUCACUGGAAGAAGUGUACAAAUUAUCAAAAAGAUUAAAGAAUAAGAAAGCCAGUGCCAAUAACUCGUUGUCCAAUGAGAUCAUUAAAUUAGCAGUUGAGGUUUUGCCAUCCUACUUUGAAAAACUGUUUAAUAAAAUCUAA